AUGGACUUCAUCCAGACGUUUCCAAUUGACGAUGAAAAUCCAAGAGAACAACAGAAUCUGAUAACAGCUUUUAUUGAUGGUUCCAGUGUAUAUGGCAGUGAUGAAGAGACAGAAGAAAGAUUAAGGGGUGAAAAUGGACGUAUGGAAGUAUCUGAUAAUAAUUUACUACCAAAAGGAAAUAGCAAAGACUGUAUCGAGGAAGAUAAAUUCUGUUUUGCUGCAGGGGAUGAUCGAGUGAAUGUGUUCCCUGGUUUGACUGCUUUACAUACAACAUUUGUAAGGUUACAUAAUACUAUUGUUCAAAAAUUGGAUGAAAAUACGGAUUGGGAUGGUGAGCGGCUAUAUCAAGAAACCAGAAAAAUUGUUGGUGCUCUUUUACAGAGAAUUACUUACCUCGAAUUCCUGCCAGAAAUAUUCAAUAAAAGAACUUUACGAAAAUACAAACUGAAAGACGGAAACUAUAAAUAUAACAUCAGCAUUAAUCCCAGUAUAGCCAGUGUUUUUGCCACGGCAGCUUUCAGAUUUGGUCAUUCUUUGAUUCCCGAUUUCUUAGUCAUUGAUGGCGAAAAGGUCCGCUCCCGAAAAUUGUUUAACAACCCUAAAUUUGUAUUUGAAAAGCUGAAAGCUUUGGUUAAGAGUGUCUUAUCUAAUCCAAAUGAAACGGUAGAUCGUUUCCUCACAGAAGAAAUUACAGAUCAUUUGUUUGAAGUGGAUGAUCUGUCUUUUGAUUUAGCUGCAUUCAAUAUACAAAGAGGAAGGGAUCAUGGGUUACCUCCUUAUAACACCUUUAGAAGGCUCUGUGAGUUAAAUCCAGUUGUGACAUUCUACUCAAAGCAGUUAGGAUCAGGGGGACCUGCUAUGGCUGGAAUAUACAGGAGUGUAGAUGACAUUGAUGUAUUUGUAGGAGGUUUAGCUGAACCACCACUCGGGGGCUCUCAGCUAGGUCCAACCUUCACUUGUAUCUUGGCUCAACAAUUUAGAGAUCUGAAAUUUGGCGAUAGUUUCUGGCAUGAAACCAAGGAUCGUAAACGAGGAUUUAAAUCAGAUCAGCUUGAAUCACUAAAACGAAUAUCUCUGGCUAAAAUUAUUUGUGAAGAAAUUGGGUUAGAUAGAAUACAGAGGAAUCCAUUCCGUAUUGUAACAAACGGGUGA